UUAUUUUUCGCCGAAACCCCAUUCCCAAAGAAGCCCGAUGCCCAUUACGACGCUCAAGCUCCUGCACAAGGAGGCGCAGGACAUGCGCCGGGUCAAGGUCGCCGACCUGCGCGAUAUGGUCGGCCGCGCGUCCUCGACGGAGCUCUUCACCUUCGGCGAGCUCCAGAAGUAUGCGCUCGACAUUGCCUUCCCGGCGCUGCAGCACGCCGAAGUCUUCUUCUACUACCUCGACGACGAAGGCGAGCAAGUGCGCAUCACGAACGACGCCGAGCUCAAGGAAGGCAUUCGCCUCAUGGAGACGGAAGGCGACAUCUUCAAGAUGGUCGUCUCGGGCAAACGCCAAGUUGUCGACCAAGAUGCGACUGUCUCGUUCGACUCGGAGUGCUCGCUGGCCCUUUUUGUCGACUUGAGCCGCCUCCUUGACAAAUGGGAGUGCUCGAACGACCAAGCGCCCAUGAAGAAGGACAUGACGACGCUUCUGCAUGUGCCAGGUGUGCAAGGCGCCAUGAUUGACAUGAUGGCGGAUGCCAAGUACACGUCGUACUUUGAGAACGUGUCGACAGUCAUCAAGGAAGGGGGAUCGGUGGUCGAAGGCGUUGCGUCGAUGUUCGCCGGCGGUCAGCUUCAAGACAUGGCCACGGCCCUCAUGGAGAAGUGCCCGGACAUCAAGGACCUCCUCGAGAGUAUCAUGCAUGCGAUCCAGGUGCAGGUGCACGCGCACCAGCAAGCCAAGCACGCAUCGAGCGUCUCACAGACGCUGCCGCCCCUCCCUGAAGAUCCAUCGCUCGUCCACCAGCUCUUGGAGUUUGUCACGGGCAAGUUCUUUACCGAUUUGUGGUCGCUCUCGAGCGACCAAGCCGGCGAAGUCAUGUUCAACUGCGGCGUCAGCAGCGAGCAGAUCCAAGCGCUCUCGCGCGAGAGUCGCAUUCGCUGGAUUGCCGAGACCAUUAUCCACAUCCAGGCGAUGAACCAAGCGCGAAAGGAGCAGAAGGAACUCGCUGAGAAGGCGGCACAGGAAGCGGCGCUUUCGAGCACCAACCACGGCAUCAUGGACGCGGACGACGUCGACUCGAAGCCGUCGGUGGCCUUUAUGGGCGACGUGAGCUUCCCGGAUGGCUCGACUGUCCGCGCCGGCGACUCGUUUGUUAAGACGUGGCGUCUCAAGAACGACGGCAAGACGCGCUGGCCGGCCAAGACGGAGCUCGUGUGCGUUGGUGGGGACCACUUGGAAACCGAGUCGAGUCUGAUCUCAAUUCCGAUCCUGCCGCCCGGCAAGAUGAUUGAUGUCUCGGUCGACAUGCAGGCGCCGUCCAAGCCCGCGCGCUACACGGGGUACUGGCGCCUCUCGACGACCGACGGCAAGCGCUUUGGCCAGCGGUUCUGGGUUGACAUUUUGGUCGUUGGCAACAAGACGACUACGCACGAGCUCAAGCCCCCGGCCUCGAACGAAGUCGUGCUCCCGGCAGCCGCACCGCAGGUUGUUCUCCCGGCAGCCGCACCGCAGGUUGUCGGGGCGGCGGCUCCCCAAAACUUCUUUCCGACGGCGGUGCCCAAGACCUUCUAUGCGGGUGCGGCGCCCCAGGUGGCUGUCGCAGCCCCCGAAGUCGUGUCGCAGGCGCCGCCGGCGCCCGUGGUUGUCUCGGCGCCGGUCGUCGUGCAGGCAGCGCCGUAUGCCUCGGAGCUCGAGGCGCUCGAGAGCAUGGGUUUUUCGGACCGCGCGACCAACUCGCGCCUCCUGGCGCAGUACAACGGGGACGUGUCGAUGGCGCUCAACCACUUGCUCAACUAGGUUUUAUAACGUGCAUGUAUCGCCGUCUUUGCUAAUUAAAAUGCCAAAAAUUGACGCCCUGGACGAGCCCGAGCGACUGGAUGUUGGCUUCGAGCUCGCCGUCCGUGCGCCCCAUUGACACGCAGCAGAUGAUCGGCGG